GGAAAGCUUGACCAUUUCUCUGUUUGCAGGCGAUCUCGGUAUCCUAGGUCCGAAGAGGAGUCGCCCUGGAACUCUCAAACCCCCGUGGAUGGCGUCCCGAUUUAUGGUUGUGUACCCAACCUGCCAACCCACCAUCGCGGCGUUGAUGGGCACAGCUCGCCCGCCUGCCUGUGCGCUCACUCUGCCCGUGCGUGGUUUCUCGACAGUAUCCGCACCUAGGCUGUCUGUCAUAUCUCAGUCGCUCAAGGGAGAAGGGCCAAGCUUUGCUCAUAGCUCACCGCCGCUUUGCAGCCAUAGACAGCAGUACCGAAAACCGAGGCCCUUCGAUACAGGCCGACCCGACCAUACAUACAGAGAGAGAACUCGCUGUAGGGUUUCUCUCGCCUCCGAACCAACCCUAGGUUUUCUGACAGCCGUGCCAAUCAGUCCCUUGGACCUCGCAGAUGUUGGGGAAUUUGGAGAACGAAGCCGCCCUUCGGACUCGAGGCCUCUCUCCGAAACUGGGGUUGAGGGCCGCCAGCGAUUCGUGACUCCGCUGCGUUCCUCCUCCCCACACUCCUCCACACAUCCACCACUUCUGCAGGUCUUUGAACCCUGCUGUCGUACAGGCUACCCGGCAAUUACAACACUUCUUACCCCGCGACACCUGACCAUCGAGAAAUGCCGGCCCGAUACGCCAUUGUUCGUUUGUGGCAGACAGUAGCCCACCUCGAUAGGCAACUCAGCAAUUUUGGCCCAAUACGGGCAGACACGGGGACUAGCAUCCCGUGCAACAACGACGCCACGCGCUCGUCUAUAGCGAAUAGCGAGUCAUUGUUGAUGACCAUGUCAGCCAUCCUCGCCCAUGUCGACUACUACCAUGUCUCCUCGAGUCGUACCGGCAAACAUAUCCACCGUUAUGCGGGCCUGGUAGGACAGCGUCUUGGCCAUGUCACGGCUCAUCUACAAUCCUGCAACUGACUGGCAAAUCCAACGAUCAAACCAGCAUAUACAUAUGCGUCAUGCUGUGGGAGUUCGCGGGAAAGUCCCGGUGCCUGUUCCACAGAAGCGCGCCCGAGGCGCGUCUGUAUUUGCCUUGAGGCACGUCAGACCAUCAGUAUGACGGGUGCCGAUCUCUUUCG